AUAAGAUCCAAGAGCAGAGGAUGUACAGAGGUUUUUAACAGGACUGAUAGCAGAGGAGAAGAAGAGCAAAUUCUCAUCAUGUUUUCAUCAAAACCUGAGGAGCAACUGGCCCAGGAGCUGAGCUGUCCCAUCUGCCUUCAUCUCUACAGCGAUCCGGUGGUCCUCCCUUGUGGGCGCAACUACUGCAGGGUUUGCAUCUGCAAGACAGCAGACUCCCAAGAGAUCAGCUGCAAAAUACGUCCUCGUUGCCCAGAGUGUCGCGAAGAGUACGAAGGCCUGGAGACCUUGCAGAGGAACUUCAAACUGUCCAACAUUGUUGAAGGUUAUCGAGCCACCGCAUCACCAAUUUAUGAGGAGAUCAAGAUCGAGGCGACGACUGAGGCUGACUCAGAGAAGGUUGCCAUUUUCUGUGACCACUGCAUAGACAACCCAUCAGAAGCUGUGAAGAGCUGCUUGAAGUGUGAGGUCUCCUUGUGCUCCAGGCAUCUUCAGAAGCACAAUGAGAAGGAGUCCUUUAAGUCCCACACCACGGUGGAGCCCCUCAGUGAGCUGGGGACAAAGGGCUGCUCCAUCCAUCAUUGUCCUCUUGGCUACUUUUGUUCCAGUGACAUGGCCUCUCUGUGCUCCUCAUGCCUUGUAGAAGGUCUUCACCAGAGCCACGAUGUUCUCACCUUCAGUGUGGCAGAAGAGGAGAUGAGACGAGCCUUGGAGAGCCGCAGCAAGGUGGUGUCCAGUAGGCUGCAGCUAAUAGAGAAGCUGCUGCAGAAGGCCACAGAGAGUAAGGGUGUCUCUGAGGCGGCGGCAGACAGAAUGAUCAAAAAGGCCGUCUCAGUUAUGGACAGCAUCCAAUCAAUGGUGGACAGGUACAGGGAGCAGCUGGCCAUGCUGCUGGAGACGGAGAGAGGGCAGCACCGGAAAAGCUGGCAGCUGGGAGUGAGUGCUCUGGAGGAUCAACAGCAGCAGCUGAUCGAUGCCCAGAAGAAAGUAAAGGAGGUCCUCGCUGAAACAGACCCAGCUGCCUUCUUACAUGGAUUCACGAAGAUCGAACAGAAGCUUAGAGAUGCCACCACAGUUAGCAUUUCCUCUGAAAUCCCCCCUGACAUUCUACUCAACACCAAGCAUCUCCAGUCAAAGCUCAAAACCAACGACUUCCGCUCUGAAAUGGUUCGCCUCCUGGAAAGUCUUCACAUCCUCCUGAACCCCCAGGAGCUCACCUUCAAUGUCUACACUGCACAUCCCAGCUUGUUGAUUUCCUCUGACAUGCGCACGGUCAAGUACAGCUCAACCAAGCAGUCAUACGUGGACCACCCAGAGCGUUUUGCUAGCGCUCCUCAGAUCAUGUGCACCCAGAGUUUCUCAAGUGGCAUACACGUGUGGGUGGUAGAAGUGGGGUCCAGCUGCAUGUGGUCCCUCGGUGUGUGCUACAAGAGCAUCCUUCGGCGCGGUGACCAUAGUCGCCUGGGACACAACACAGUGUCCUGGAGACUUCAGAGGAAAAACGGGAAGCUGACUGCGUGCACAGCCUCCAGCAAUAUAGCCUUGGCAGAAACACUCAGUCCUCCUACAAAGAUUGAGAUUGCUCUUGACUAUGAAGGUGGGGCCUUAAAGUUCCACAGCACCAACGGUUGUAGGGAACACCUCCACACCUUUAGACAUGUGUUCAAGGAGCCCGUUUACCCAGCAUUCAGCAUUCACUCGAACACACCAGAGUCCUGGAUCACGCUGAAUAGUGGAAUAUAAUUCUUACAUUGAAUCUGCAUAAAAUCUGUUUAAAUGCUAUUAUGUAGGGUUUUACUUUGGUGUUUCAGCACUGAAACACUUUAAAUGCUAGUUUAUUUGCAUAUCUGUAUUUUGUUAUUUAUGUCCUAAAUACAGUAUCAGGGUUUCACCAUUUGGGCCAAAACAUUCUCAAAAACUGGAAAAGACAGAUGCUACUGUUCAAAUGAUCAAUACAAACAUAAUUGUUUAUUUACUGGAAAAGCAAGAUCAUGAGGUUUUUUUCCUUUAUUUUUGUUGAUUGGUUUGU